UAGCUCACUUCCUCUUCAACGCACAUUUCAUAUCAAAACAGUUUUCUUACAAGAACCAUCACAUAAAGCAAUGGCACACAGAGUGGUUUUGUCUCUCCUCCCUUUUCUCAUGCUCUCGUUGAUUAAUGACCAUGGAAGCAUUGCAAGGGACUUGAACCAAGUUGAUCAGCCUUACCUUGAUGGUUGGCUCAAAAACACUCAACACCAACAACACUCUCCCGACUCCAACCAAGUUUACCUUGAUGGAUGGUUGAAAGACACCAGAGUCGAGAAAGUAAAAUCCAACCCUCACUCCAACCAAGUUUACCUUGAUGGAUGGUUGAAAGAUACCAGAGGUGAGAAAGCAAAGGCCAACCCUGACUCCACCCAAGUUUACCUUGAUGGAUGGUUGAAAGAUACCCGAGCUGAGAAAGCAAAAUUAAACCCUGACUCCAAACAAGUUUACCUUGACGGAUGGUUGAAAGAUACUCGAUCUGAGAAAGCAAAAGUCAACCCUAACUCGAACCAAGUUUACCUCAAUGGAUGGUUGAAAGAUACUCGUGCCGAGAGAGAAAAAUUUAAUUCUGACUCCAACCAAGUUUACCUUGAUGGAUGGUUGAAAGAUACCCGAGCUGAGAAAGAAAAAUCUAACUCUAACUCCAACCAAGUUUACCUUGAUGGAUGGUUGAAAGAUACAAGAGGCGAGAAAGCAAAAGCAGACCCUGGCUCUAACCAAGUUUACCUUGAUGGAUGGUUUAAAGAUACCCGAUCUGAACAAGUAAAAGUCAACGCUAACUCCAACCAAGUUUACCUCGAUGGAUGGUUGAAAGAUACCAGAUCCAAGAAAGUCAACCCGUACUCCAAACAAGUUUACCUUGAUGGAUGGUUGAAAGAUACCCGAGCUGAGAAAGAAAAAUCUAACUCUGACUCCAACCAAGUUUACCUUGAUGGAUGGUUGAAAGAUACAAGAGACGAGAAAGCAAAUGCUAACCCUGGCUCUACCCAAGUUUACCUUGAUGGAUGGUUGAAAGAUAUUCGAUCUAAGCAAGUAAAAAUCAAUCCUAACUCCAACCAAGUUUACCUCGAUGGAUGGUUGAAAGAUACCAGAGCCAAGAACGUCAACCCAGAUUCCAAACCAGUUUACCUUGAUGGAUGGUUGAAAGAUACCCGAGCUGAGAAAGCAAAAUCUAACUCUGACUCCAACCAAGUUUACCUUGAUGGAUGGUUGAAAGAUACCCGAGCUGAAAAAGUGAAAUCCGCCCCUGAAUCCAACCAAGUUUACCUUGAUGGAUGGUUGAAAGAUAUCCGAGCUGAGAAAGAAAAAUCUACCCCUGACUCCAACCAAGUUUACCUUGAUGGAUGGUUAAAAGAUACCCGAGCUGAGAAAGAAAAAGCCAACUCUGACUCCAACCAGGUUUACCUUGAUGGGUGGUUGAAAGAUAUGCGAGCUGAGAAAGCAAAAGUCAACCCUAACUCCAACCAAGUUUACCUUGACGGAUGGUUGAAAGAUACCCGAGUCAAAAUAAAAAAUCAAACUCUGACUCCAACCAAAUUUUCCUUGAUGGAUGGUUGAAAGAUAAUCGGGACUUGAAAGAAAAAUCGACCCUUGACUCUAAACAAGUUUACCUUGAUGGAUGGUUGAAAGAUAUACGAGCUGAGAAAGAAAAUUCAUCCCUUAUCUCCAACUAAGUCUACCUUGACAUCUGGUUGAAGAAUAAUUAAUUCAUAUAUGUUAGUCAGUGUUUGUGUAGUGUUUGUGUACUGUAUUAUUUUCCUUCUGUGUACUAAGUAAGGUCUUGUUUGUGUACUAAUUAGGUUCCAAAUUAGUGGCAAAAUGCUUGGUUAUUAUUGUGUACUAGUUAAGCUAUUGCUUGAGUAUUAAAUAAGGAUUUGCUAUUGAAAAAAACUUGAUUA